AUGGGAGAGGAUAGCAAUGGACUUUGUGGUUGGUCUUCCAAAGACCUUGGGUUGGACCUUAGUACAGCUUUCCACCCUCAGACGGAUGGCCAGUCUGAGCAGACUAUUCAGGUCCUAGAGGAUACACUCCGAGCCUGCAUUAUUGAAUUCGGUGGCCAUUGGGAUCAGUUCUUGCCAUUGGCUGAGUUUGCAUAUAAUAAUAGUUACCACUCGAGCAUUGACAUGGCCCUGUUUGAGGCUCUUUAUGGGAGAAGGUAUAGGUCUUCUAUCGGGUGGUUUGAUGCAUUCGAGAGAUAUCAUGGCGAUGGCUCUUUUAUCAUUCGUUGGGGUUCUGUCCUGUUGGAUGAGAAUCAAUCCUAUGAGGAGGAUCCUAUUGCUAUUCUUGAUAGAGAGGUUCAUAAGUUGAGGUCGAAAGAAAAAGCGUCAGUGAAGGACCUCGGAUUGGUGUUGGGAUUUUUGAGUGGAAACUG